AGUUUCCUGCAGACCCGGAAGUGGAUCUCGUGGAGAGAUGGCGCAACUGCGGCGUGGACCCUUGACAUUCAAGGAUGUGGCCAUAGAAUUCUCUCAGGAGGAGUGGAGAUGCCUGGACCCUGCUCAGAGGACUUUAUACAGGGACGUGAUGCUGGAGAACUACAGGAACCUGGUCUCCCUGGGAAUCUGUCUUCCUGACCUGAGUAUUAUCUCCAUGAUGAAGCAAAGGACAGAGCCGUGGACUGUGGAGGGUGAAAUGAAAGUAGCAAAAAAUCCGGGUAGAUGGGAAGGUAUCAAAGAUACCAACACAGGGAGGAGGUGUGCAGUGAGUAGCAAAACAGGAAACAACCAUGUUACAAAUCCACUUGGAUUAACCUUUCAGUUACCUUUGCCGGAAUUGGAGAUAUUUCAAGGUGAAGGGAAAUUUUACGAAUGUAGUCAAGUUCAAAAGUUCAGCCACAGUUCUUCAGUUUCGUCACUUCGAAACAUUUCUUAUGGUGUCAAAGCGUGCGUUUUUAAUAAACGUAGGAACGAUUUUGUUGAUUUUCCAUUACUCUCACCGGAACAGAAAGCACACAUUAGGAGCAAACCUUACACAUGUAAAGAGCAGAGCAAAGUCUUGAGAGUGUCUUCAAGCUUUCCUAAUCCUCAAGUAAUCCACGCUGCAGAUAAACCUAACAGGUGUCAUGAAUGUGGUAAAGUCUUCAGGAACAAGUCAUACCUUGCAGAACAUUGGAGAAUCCAUACGGGAGAGAAGCCUUACAAGUGUAAAGAAUGUGGCAAGCUCUUCAAUCGAAUUGCCUACCUUGUCCGACAUGAGAAAGUCCAUACUGGAGAGAAUCCUCACAAAUGUAAUGAAUGUGGCAAGGUUUUCAGUCGAAUUACAUACCUUGUACGACAUCAGAAAAUUCAUACUGGAGAGAAACCUCAUAAAUGUAACGAAUGUGGCAAGGUUUAUAGUAGUAGUUCAUACCUAGCACAGCAUUGGAGAAUUCAUACAGGAGAGAAACUUUACAAAUGUAAUAAAUGUGGCAAAGAAUUUAGUGUGCAUUCAAGCCUCACCACCCAUCUGUUAAUCCAUACUGGAGAGAAACCUUACAAAUGUAAAGAAUGUGACAAGGCCUUUAGGCAUAAGUUUUCCCUCACAGUUCAUCAGAGACAUCACAAUGGAGAGAGACCUUAUAAAUGUAAUGAAUGUGGCAAAGUCUUCACUCAGGUUUCACACCUUGCACGACAUCAGAAAAUUCAUACUGGAGAGAAACCUUACAAAUGUAAUGAGUGUGGCAAAGUCUUCACUCAGAAUUCACACCUUGCAAAUCAUCACAGAAUCCAUACUGGAGAGAAGCCUUACAAAUGUCAUGUGUGUGGAAAGGUCUUUAGACACAGUUCAUGGCUUGCACAGCAUCAGAGAAUUCAUUUAUGAGCGAGUCCUUACAAACUGAGUAUGGCAAACUCUAUUAUACGUUCUAGCAUUAAUCAACAUCAGAAAGUCCACACUAGAAAGAAAGAAAUUUAAAUAUAGAUACAGCACAGGCUGUAUCAAGACAUACUAAAUCACUAGACAUCAGAACAUACGUCUUUGAUGAAACACACAAAUGGAUUGUGUGCACCAAGGCUAACAAGACAAAAUAUGUUGAACCUAAUGAUAUGAUGUGUGUAAAGGGUGCCAGGACACGUGGAAAUGGUCUCUUAUGUUCAGGUUAUUAAAAAUGUAAUUAUUUGGGUUUUGUUUGAAAGGCCAGGUGCAGUGGUUCAUGCCUGUAAUCUCAGCACAAUAGAAAGCCAAGACAGUAGGAUCACUUGAGUCCAGGAGAUCAAGAUCAGCAUGGGCAGCACAGCAAGGGCCAUCUCUACAACACGAAAAAGUAAGGCGGGCCCUUGACACGUGUCUGUAGUUCCGGCUACUCCAGAGGCCAAGGCAAGAGGAUUGUUCAAGCCCAGGAGUUUCAGAGUUUGAGUAAUGAGCUAUGAUCUUACCACUGUACUUCAGCCUGGAUGACAGAGUGAGACCCUGUAACAAAAGAAAAAACGCUGCUUUUUAUGACUUUCAUCCUGAACUUUGAAUCUCUUCAUGUGCCUUUCCUACAGGCCUUCCACUGUGGUCUCUGGGAAAGAAUCGGUAAGAUGACAGGGCUGACUUAAUUAACUGAGGAGGGUUCUAUCCGAUUUCCUGAAAGAAUAAGGACACUGCCUUUUCAGAUUAAAUAUUGUCUGCUGCAGAGACCAUGGAGGUGGAUAGAGAAUAACAAAGCCAUGAAGGCAGUGGUCAUGUUUAUUACAGUUAGCACACUAUUUUCCUGACAGGCACAGUGCUGUGCGCUACAACAGAUAUGAAAUAGAGCACACCAUGACCUUAGGACACUGGGAUUUUUAUUCGAAGAGAGGUCAUUAGGGGCUGAUUAUGUAGUAGAGAUGAUGCAGGGGAAAUGGGUGGCCGCCUUCUCCAUUGAAUAGCAAUAGCUGUUAACAAAGACUGAUUAAAAUAAGUACUCUAAUUUUUGAAAUGCAAGAAAGAACAGUUAUAUCAAGAGUAGAGAGUUUAAUCAAAACUACCAAUGUGGCUGGGCGCAGUGGCUCACACCUUGUAAUCCCAGCACUUUGGGAGGC